AUGUCUACCGAGAAGAUCGACCACACCAUGACGGAGGACCACUCCAGCGGCAAUGGUGCACCUUUGGGCGCACCUCUGAGUCGUCAAAUGACCGUGGCUCUCACUCCCGAACAAUAUGAGAGAUUGUUCUUCCAGCCCGAAGGACCCAGACGUGGAGACCUUUCCAAGAGAUUUGGUAACCCGACUCUUCUCGGCUUGGUCUGCUUCUUGGUCCCAUACACGUCUACCAUCUUCACCCUUUGUGGUCUCCGAGGUGCUGUCGCGCCUACCAGUCUGAUUGGUUUGGACGGUGACUACUACAUGAUUGGUUUCGUUGGCAUGAUUCUUGCAGGAAUUGCAGAGUUCAUUCUUGGAAACACUUUCCCCAUGUCCGUCUUUAUCAUCUACGGUUGCCACUGGGGCAGUCUUGCAUACGCACAAGACCCUUACUACAACCAGGUCUCCGCCUUCGCCAAGGUCGGUAGCUCAGCAGGUGCUGAGUGGAACUCAUCGCAAGGCUUCCACAACGUGGUCAUGGUGCUUGUGUCUUUCACCUUCCUUAUCGGCACUAUCCGCGUCAACGCCUUUUUCACCGCCACAUUCUUCGGUCUGACCAUGUUGUUCUCCUUCAUCGCAGCUGCAGACUUUUAUGUUCCCAAUGUCGAGCACGCCACCAGUGCUGCCGAGGCCGCCGCCGUGCUCAACCAUGUCAGCACUCUUCUCAAGAUCGGUGGUGGCUUUGGAUGGUUGGGCUUGAUCUCAGGCUGGUAUUUGUCCAUUGUCACUGUUUGCGCUUCUGUUGGCAUUCCUUGCCCUCUGCCCGUGUUUGACCUUUCCAGCAAGGUCUUCGCCAAGCACAACGCUGACGACUUGCACGCCAAGCAUGCUUGA